GCUCUUCUGCUCCAAAUGCCAGACUGUCUGUUCUAUUGCAGUCAUGUGGUCCACUCUCCUUGUGUUAUAUCUUCUGUUUGCUCCACAAAUCCACUCUGUUCAGUGGUGCUACCAGAACCUGUACUUAUUGGAUGAGAUGUGCAGUGAGCCCAGUCAGUGGGUUAAAGAGUUUCCAGUUUGUGGAGGCCAGAAGCAGUCACCCAUCAACAUUGUCACAAGCAAGGCGAGGCAUGACCCCAAUCUAUCCUCGAUAAUCUUUGAAGGUUACACAGAAGCAAUAAACGUCACUGUGCAGAACUUCGGAAACAGUGGGGCUGUGCUCGUGCUUCCUCCAUCCGUGCGGAUCCGAGGUGGGGACCUGCCUGCUACCUAUAAAGCAAUUCAGCUGCAUUUCCACUGGGGAGUGGAUCAUGCGUCAGGCUCCGAACACACUAUAAACGGAGAGCAAUACGCCAUGGAACUCCACAUAGUUCAUAUAAAAGAGCAAUACAAUUCCCUGAAGGAAGCCAAGAAUGAUACAGUAGGAAUAGCAGUGCUUGGCUUCUUCUACGAGGUAUCAACAAAAGAAAACCAAAAAUUUAAUCAAGUAAUUGAGGCUUUUGGAAGAAUUCCAUACCCUGGAAACAUCAGUACUAUUCCAGAAUUCCGGUUGACUGAUAUUUUGCCUUCAUUGGAGAAACUUUCCAGUUACUACCGUUACAUGGGAUCCCUCACUACGCCAGGCUGUGACGAGGCCAUAAUAUGGACCGUCUUUCAGGAGACAUUUCCUAUCAGCCAACAACAGGUGGACAACAUAAACAAGCAGAUGUGGUUUGACGUCGGAAUACCCAUGACUGCCAACUUCCGCCCAGUGCAGAAAAUCAACGGCCGCAUAGUGUACAAAUCCAGGGCAUGUUGUUCUACAUCUUCAGGAUCGGUCAUCCUGUGUCUUUCUCUGCUCUAUAUAGUUGUGCUGUUUGAGAGUAUAUUAAUGUAAUGCAUUGUAUUGUCUUUUAUAAAAAAAAU